AUGUCGAGUAUGGAAUAUGAAAAGGAUCCCGGAUGGCAAUAUUUGAGGCGGUCUCGCGAGCAAAUGCUCCAGGACCAAUCGCGUCCGUAUGACUCGAAGAAGAACGUGUGGAUUCCCGACGCCGAAGAGGGCUACAUCGAGGGCGAGAUCAAAGGUCCCGGACCGAAAGCCGACACGCUCGUCGUGAGCGCCGCCGGCAAAGAUGUGACGCUGAAGAAGGACCUCGUGCAAGAGAUGAAUCCGCCCAAGUUCGAGAAGACGGAAGACAUGUCGAAUUUGACGUUCCUCAACGACGCCUCGGUGCUCUACAAUCUGCGUUCGCGCUACGCGGCGAUGCUCAUUUACAAGAGCAAGAAGCAGCUUGAGAUCGAGCAGGCCGAACUCAAAUCGGCCAACACCGAGCUGAUCGGAAACAACGCGGCGUUGUCGGCGAUGAAGCGAAAGGUCGAGAAUGAGGUUCAGAUCGCCAGGGUAAGCGGACAACUGAUUGAGUCGGAAUUGCAUAAUCAACAUCAUUCCAACAAUGCGACGAAUCCGUCGUCGACGCCAUCUGAAAGCCGCGGACUUCUUGCCGGUAAUUCAGGAAAACUGGAAGGAAGCUAA